AUGCAAAUGAUGAGACUAUGCACUGCUUCUUCUAUUAUUCUGUGGUUGUUGGUUGUCCAUAAAAGUGAUGAAAUUUCCAGUCCACUUCAACCAUACACAAUCUAUCGAUAUUCAACUGAACUUCAGCAUAAUGUAGCUGAUCUAUGGUGGACAAUAAAUGAAACUCAAGAGGAAAUUACUUUUGAACUACAUAUCAAAACAACAGGAUGGAUUGCUUUGGGCAUCAGUCCAGCUGGUGGAAUGAGAGGUGCAGAUAUUGGACUUGGAUGGGUUGAUGAAGGAGGUGAAGUUCAUUUUCAAGAUCGAUAUGCGAGUGGCACCUCACGACCCACUAUUGAUAAUACAACAACAGAUUGGUUCGCACUUAGUGGCCGCGAACAAAAUGGGUGGACAGCUAUUCAAUUCAAACGUUCUCUUGAUACUUGUGAUGAAAUGGAUGUUUCAAUUAAAUCAGGUACUAAUAAUCUUAUAUUUGCUUAUGGCCUAGAAGAUCCGGAUAUGUCUCGAUCAGAUGGCUUAAUUUUUUAUCAUGAGAAUCGAAGAGGCUCACGUAUAAUUCCUCUUCAAUCUUAUGGUAAUCCACCGUCAGAAGAAAAGUUUUCUGAUCUUGACUAUUUUGAAUUCAAAUUGAAUAAUCAAAUUGUGCCAGCAGUUGAAAGUAGUUAUCAUUGUAAAGUCUUCAAAGCACCAACCAAUUUCUCACAAAGAAGACAUGCAAUUGCACGCAAAACAAUAAUUGAACCAAACAAUCGAGAUCUUGUUCAUCAUUUAGGAUUGUUAGAAUGUAAUCCUACAGCUAUAUUCGAUGACAACAAUUUACCAGAUGGUAUAUGUGAUGAAAUUAUUGCUAGUAUUUUCCAAUGUUUCAAAACUGUCGCUAGUAUAUGGGCUGUUGGUGGUGAUGAAAUAGUGGAAUAUCCAGAAAUUGGUGGAUAUCCAGUAGGUGGUGAUUUUGAGAUCAAAUACUACAUGCUCCAGAUGCAUUAUAAUAAUCCUAAGCUCAUACCUAAUCGUCGUGAUAGUUCAGGUGUUCGCUUCUAUCUUGGGAAACAGCUUCGACAAUAUGAACUUGGUUAUCUUUCAAUUGGCGCAGAUGUAAGUUACUCUGCUAUUGCGAUACCAUCCGGAGUUGAUCGAUUUAUACUCGAUUGUUAUUGUCCAUCCGAAGCUACACAAAAUUUUUCUGAACCAGUUAUAACAAUUCUUGCUGCAUGUCCGCACACCCAUUUACAAGGUCGAAGCGUAUGGACGAAGUUAAUUCAAAAUAAAAAAGUUGUUGAAUAUUUGUUCAAUGCUGAAGCAUAUGAUUUUAAUUAUCAAUUUGAAAAUCUUUUACCAAAACCAAUUCAAUUGUAUCCAGGUGAUGAAUUAGCUACUCGAUGUAUUUAUAGUACAACAGACAAAACUGAUAUAACCUUAGAUGAAAUGUGUCUGCAUUACUUUCUUUAUUAUCCCCGUAUGAAAGAUUUUUCCAGUUGUCUGUCAUCCAUUUCUGAAGAAGCGUGGAAAAAAAUAAUGAAUAUUUCUGAGUCAACAUUUGAUGAUGAACAACUUGGAAAAUGGUUGAAGCGAUUGAAAUGGACACCAGAAUUAGUUGUUGAAUGGCAAAGAUUUUAUAAUAAUGCUUCACGUUCUGUUCAAGCAGGUGACUUUGAAUUGAUAAAUCUAACUAAAAUACCUGAAUAUGAAGAUUUACAACCAUCUACAUGUCAUACUAACAUCCCUAAUUCGGCAAUGAAUCAAAACUAA